AUGUAUGCCCUGCGUACUGCGCACUACGGCCCAACUGAAGGUCUGGUGGAUGAUGAGGCUCUUCCAAGAAUGUUUAUUCGACCUAAGCUGUGCUUAAUUCGCGAUUUCUCAAUUUGCCACGAUGACUUCGAGAAGGAUCCUUCGGAUGGCGUGUUGAAAGUCCACACGUUUAACUGGCUCGGCUUCGCUCAGUACAUACACGUUACGACUGGGCUGCCUCAUCACAGCAAGGCGCCUCGCGUGGUCCUUGUUCACAAGCAGUUUGUCGUCGGAACAGCGGCCGACAUGUUACAUCUCCCGAAGAACUACAAAUUAUUCGGAGUAGGCAAUAGUCUCGCUUUGAUCAAACUUAUUCGGCCAUUGAAGUCUCCUGUUCCAAGAGAUUUCGAUUCGGAACGAUUAGCCAAGAAAACUCUGAAGUUGUACACUCAUAGGGAAUGUAAACAGCAUCGAAUGAAAGCGAGACUAGGUAGUGAAGGAGUCACGCAUGUCCUGUGUAGUUCAGGAUGUGGUGUCCGGCCUGGUGCGACCAUAAUCAGUCACUCAUCAGAUGGACCAUUCGAGCUAAUCGGAGUGGCAGCGGGCGGAGCUCCUUGCCAUCGCCGGUCCAUGCGUCGGCGCCUUAAUAAUGAACCACCACUCUAUAUAGACGUGUUUCCAUACACUAAUUGGAUCAUGAAUGUCAUAACUGCGCACCAUCUUCCCAAGCCAUACCCUCAGAAUUUUAAGCUGGUUGAUGCAGGGCCAGGUAUACCUAAAAUUAUACCUUUCUUCCUGUUCUAG